CCUUAAAUCCGGGAUGUACCCAUCGCCGGGAUUUAACGCGCGCAAAAAAACCGUUUCUGGAUUUAGCGUAAAUCCCACUUAAAUCCCGCUGUAAAUCCGAUACCAAACAGCCCCUAAAUCAUACAGGUAGACGAACAGCCGCUUAGGGUCCGGCUGCCCCAACUCUUCCCGUCUUGAUUCCUACGCCAUGGCCUACUACAACGGCGAUCUCUACCGGGAAAACUGGUUGCGCGAUGAGGUUCUAUACCUUCAUGGCCUCUGGCAUCGGGGAUCUCAUCCAUCAUCCAUCGUAAACUCGAACAUUAACCAUAAACAUACUCUCACUCAUCUUCGUCCCAGAUUCUCUAGCAGGCUCAGAAAAGAUAAAAAAAACCAACGUCAAAAGAAGAAAGCGGUUGUCUCCGAGAAGGAAUGGCCGUGUGAUCAUGUUCCGGAUCCGAAUCACGCUGUAGACACAAGCUGGCCUGAGCCACAGCCAAAGCUUGCCCCUCGCCCUCCCUCCGCCGAGUAUCUCGCAUCGGAUCUGGCUGCUCGCGCACAGAAGAAUGGCGUGGUUGCAUGUGGGAGAUUCUUUUCUAACAAGGAUGGUGAUGAUGAUUCCGAUGAAGGUGAUUCGGUUGGCGAAUUAGAGGAAGAGGAUGUUGAGGAGGAGGAAGAAGUGGAGGAGAGGGCUUUCAAGUUUUUCUUGGAUAUCUUUACGACGGACAACGAGUUGAGGAGGUACUACGAGGAAAAUCAUGAGAAAGGUGAGUUCUUGUGUUUGGUGUGUGAGGGUAGUGGGGCGAAGAAAGGGAGAAUGUACGGUGAUUGUGUUGGGCUUGUUCAGCAUUGUAGUAACGUGUCGAAGACAGGGCGGAGAGCUGCUCAUCGUGGUCUUGCAAAGGCUUUGUGCAGGGUGGUUGGGUGGAAUUUUGACAGGCUCCCAAUGCUAGUUUUGGAUCUUGAAGAGACUCUGGGUCAGACAUUGGCGAGAGAUGUUUCUCCAAAGCAGGAAAAUUUCCAAGCAACUGAACCAAUCGAGAAUAAAGAUGUUGAAUAGACUGAUCAGACAUGCAGGAUUUAUAUGGAAGCAGUUGUAGGUUUAUGGGAUUUGAGUAGCUGAAUAUAUCUUAGGAAGUAGAUAUUAUAUAAAUCUCAUACUUGGGUGUUCAUGUGAAUCUUUGUGAUCUAUAAUUACUCUUCUGCUAGUAUUUAUUUGUUUUUGCUUCUAACAUUUCAAAAAAUGUAAGCAGUAAACGAGAAUUUAUUUAGAAGAAGUGAGGCAGAGGCACUUAAUGGCGUAAA